UAAUUCUUUUGAAAUAGUUGUCUUAUCAGUAGGUAUAGAGUAGUGAACAUUACGAAAAGAUACAGAUAUAUGAUAUUGAAAAAAAGUAUUGUUGAUAGCAGAAAACAAUUGAAAUCCCGAACAGACAACAUUGAUUCAACCGUGUAUUGAGCUUCGGUAAACAACAAUGUAUAGAAUGCCAUAAAAAACAAAAAAUUUAUUCAGUUCUGAAAACGUUAGGUUUUUAAAUCAAUUUUUAAAAAGUCUGUGUUCAGAAAUGAGAUGAAAUGGAGAUCAUCAAACGGAAGAUUUGAUGAAGUCUUAGUCUUAAUGAUCCAAGCCUCAAAUCAGUUGAGCAUCCAUUGUUUACUUUUGCUGUUAUUGAUCGUUUCCAUCACCAACCAGAGUGAGAAAGUAAAAUGGGAGCCGUCGGACGAAUACUUCGAAAAGUUUUACGAACAAUUAGCCCCAAUAAUCAAGAGAGAAGUCCAUCCAGACGCCAUCAAGAACAUCUACGAUUGUUUCGCGACACGAGUUGACGACGAAGAUGUCAAAAAGAAAAUUAAAUUUUUAUACUACUCCAGGAAAAAUCCUGAGCAUGCAGAACAACUGAAACCAGGAGAAGCUAACAGCCUGCUAAAAGAGAACAUAAACAAGCCGUUCAAAUUUCUAGUCCACGGUUACUACAUUUACUCACCCGGAAAUAAGUCAUACAUCGAUUUCAGAAAAAACGUUCUGGAUGUUAUGGAUUCGAACGUGAUCACUGUGGACUGGAAAGUGGUGAAGGAAAAACAUUGGUUCUACCACAAGGUGGCCAAGAACACGGUGUUUGUGGGUAGGUACCUGGCCUCCCUCCUAGAUUGGAUCAUCGAGCAAGGAGCCAACCCCUCCGACAUCCACAUCGCCGGCCACAGCCUGGGAGCUCACGUGUCCGGUUACGCCGGUUCCUUCAUCAAACGUGGAAAGAUAGGACGGAUUUCUGGACUGGAUCCAGCACUCCCAGGGUUCGUUAAGGUGUCGAACAACAGUCGAUUGGACAUGUCUGACGCCCAGUUCGUCGACUGCAUCCACACUUGCGGGGGCCUCUUGGGUACAUUGGAGCCUAUCUGCCACGCCGACUUCUAUCCCAACGGCGGGAGGAAUCACCAGCCGGGAUGUUGCGUCAUAGAUUUACCUGGCGUAUGCAGUCAUAUGCGAGCAUCUGAGUACUUUAUUGAAUCUAUCAGACCAGGAAAUUAUUUUCCAGCUGCUCUCUGUCCUACAAUACCUUCGCAUAACCCACGAAAUUGUACGUGGACGGAUUAUAUGAUGGGAUUCUACCUCGAACCUAGCGCACGAGGUCUUUUUUAUGUUCAAACGAGAGCGACACGACCAUAUUCCAUAGCAAGAUCUGACAUCCAUAAGACAAUGCCAAAGAAAAUAACUAUUUCCAAACAGUAAACAAAUUAUUUUGAGCU